AUGGCCUCGUGGCAGGAUGAGCGGCAACAGUUGGCCGUUCCUGAGUUACAGAUACUAGCGAUGGAUCCUGUGCAGGUCGAUGAUGAACCAUUCGCAGACUCCAUCUAUAAUGAAUCAUUAAACACUGCUAGUUUUAUCACAUCAUUGAAUUCCAGUAUUUUAAAUUAUAAGUACGAGAAUGGCCGUCGUUAUCAUGCAUUUCGCGAAGGAACAUAUUUGGUACCGAAUGAUGAAGAAGAGCAAGAUCGCAUGGACCUAGCCCACCAUAUAUAUCGCUUACUUCUCGGAGGCGCUCUCUAUCUUGCUCCAAUCAAGAAUGAUGUUCAGCGGGUGCUGGACCUCGGCACUGGAACCGGUAUCUGGGCGAUAGAUUUUGCUGAUGAGCAUCCAGCGGCACAGGUUAUUGGAACGGACCUAAGCCCUAUACAACCUAGAUGGGUUCCGCCAACGUGCACAUUUGAGAUUGAUGACUUCGAAUGUGAUUGGCUAUAUAACCGACCAUUUGACUUCAUACAUGCUCGUGAACUGGAGGGAUGUAUAGGCGAUGAUGUAAAGUUCUUUAAGCAAGCGUUCAAACAUCUAGCUCCCGGAGGAUAUUUUGAAAUGCAAGCAGUCACAUCGCCUUUUCUUUCCGACGACGAGUCGUUAGACAAGGCCCCCAAUGCCAAGCAGUGGAUGGACAAUCUUGUCAAGGGGUUACGAAAAUUUGGCAAACCGGUCGAUAAUGUCGGCGGCUGGAAGGACAAGCUAAAUGAUGCUGGCUUCGUCGAUCUACACCAGGAGAUUCGCAAGCUCCCAAUUGGACCGUGGCCUAAGGACCCUAAAUUGAAGGAGAUCGGAAAAUACCAAGGUGUCCAGGAGCUUCAGGUCAUUGACUCUUACACUCCCGCUAUCUUUUCACGCGUCCUUGGCUGGAGCCACGAGGAGAUCCAGGUUUUAAUGGCAAAGGUCAAACGUGAGUUGAGGGAUCCAUCCAUCCAUUUGUAUCUGCCGGUCUAUUUCAUAUAUGGAAGGAAGCCCAUAUGA